UGAAAUUUCGCCGGACUGGGCUGCUCAAACAACCAGCGUUUUCCUCGAAUCGUUGUUAUUUCUCAUCUGUUUUGACGAGGCAGUCAAACGGGCAUGCUAGACACUUAGAUAUCUGCCGAAAUUCACAAACAAGGAUUGCUGUGUUCAGAAGAUAUGUGCACUCCAGUGAGUCUUGGGGGACGAAUCGCGGUCGAUCUUUCCAGAACUCUCUCUUCCUAAACAUUCAUAGAUCCGCAUACAAUUGUUCAUACCUUGGAACAUCUAACACAAAGACACUUCUGAAUCAACUACACCGAACACUUAGCUGUGCGUCUCCGAACCGUAAUUUUUGGAGUGGAUGGGGAAGUGGUGGUGGUGGCGACGGAGGAGAAAGUUUUCGCAACGGCGGAGGCGGUAGCAAUGAACAUAGUUCAUCAUCACAGGGAGACGGUCCAAGUGAUGCAGAUGGGGGCGAUGAAGGCGGCGAUAGUGGUGACGAAGCACCUCCGUAUCGUCCAAUUUCACCACCGAUAGGUUCAUCAUUAGCUACAAUGACAGUGCCCGAAUCAUUCUCCCCUGUUCCAGUUAUUGCUGUCAAUCGAAAUCCUUUAUUUCCCAAAUUUAUUAAAAUGAUCGAGGUCAAUGACAAAUCUCUUGCUGAUUUGAUCAAAAGAAAAAUGCAACUUAACCAGCCGUAUAUUGGUGUUUUUCUCAAGAAAGAUGACAGUAAUGAAUUAGACAUUAUGGAGGAUGUGAAUGAUCUUUACCCAGUUGGUACAUUUGUUCAGAUCCAUGAACUAAAAGACCAUGGCGAGAAAAUAAGAAUGAUUGUAAUGGGACACAGGAGGAUAAGAAUCACCAAUGUUCUUGACAGUGCAGAAGUAUUAGCGCCAUUAAAAAUAAAGGAAAAAGAAGAGAACCUCACACAAGAACUGUUGAAACCAACAUCGUCUCCAGAAUCCAAUAAAAAUCUGGUCGUGAUGGUGGAUGUUGAAAAUCUACGCCAUGAUGAAUACAAAAGUACAGAUGAAGUGAAGGCAUUAACCGCUGAAGUUGUGAAAACAAUUCGUGAUAUUAUCUCGCUGAAUCCACUGUAUAGAGAGUCGGUUGCUUCCAUGAUACAAGCAGGGAGAGUGGUUGACAACCCGGUAUAUCUGAGCGACUUAGGUGCUGCACUAACUGGCGCCGACUCAGAAGAACUACAAGAAGUUUUGGAGGAGAUGAAUAUAAUAAAGAGAUUGCGGCUAGCAUUGGCGUUGUUGAAGAAAGAAUAUGAAGUCAGUAAAUUGCAACAAAGACUGGGGAGGGAGGUAGAAGACAAAGUGAAAUCAACUCACCGAAAGUACAUGCUUCAAGAACAACUUAAAAUUAUUAAAAAAGAACUUGGCCUGGAAAAAGACGAUAAGGACGCCAUUGAGGAAAAAUUUAAAGAAAGACUGAAGGAUAAAGUAGUACCUAAAGCUAUACAGGAAGUCAUUGAUGAAGAAAUGAAUAAGUUAGGUUUCCUAGACAACCAUUCAUCUGAAUUCAGUGUAACAAGGAAUUAUCUUGACUGGUUGACUACCCUACCAUGGGGUGUUUACAGUGAGGAAAAUUUAGAUUUAAAAAUAGCUAAAGGGGUCCUUGAAGAAGAUCAUUAUGGAAUGGAGGAUGUCAAGAAUAGGAUUCUGGAGUUUAUUGCUGUCAGCCAGCUCAAAAAAUCUACUCAGGGUAAAAUAUUGUGCUUUUAUGGACCUCCUGGUGUGGGUAAAACCAGUAUUGCCAAGUCUAUAGCCAAGGCUUUGAAUAGACAGUAUUUUAGAUUCAGUGUUGGUGGAAUGACUGACGUCGCUGAAAUAAAGGGUCAUAGGCGUACAUAUGUUGGGGCCAUGCCUGGUAAGAUGAUACAGUGUCUGAAGAAAACCAAAACCGAGAACCCGCUAGUUUUAAUUGACGAGGUUGACAAAAUUGGUAAAGGUUAUCAAGGCGACCCCUCCUCAGCCUUAUUAGAGUUGUUGGAUCCAGAACAAAAUCAUAACUUUUUAGACCAUUAUUUAGAUGUACCAACUGACUUAUCAAAGGUGUUGUUUAUUUGUACAGCUAACGUUACACAUACAAUUCCUGAGCCUCUGAGAGAUCGUAUGGAAAUGAUCGAUGUAUCCGGGUAUGUGGCUGAAGAGAAAGUCAACAUAGCAGAAAAAUAUUUAAUACCGCAAGCUCGUGAGAAUAGCGGUCUGACAGCUGAGCAGUUGAAUAUUACCACAGAUGCUAUGACAACCCUUAUAAAAGCAUAUUGCCGAGAGAGUGGAGUCAGAAAUUUACAAAAACAUAUCGAGAAAAUAUACCGCAAAGCAGCUUUCAAAAUUAUCAACGAUGAGGUCGCCUCUCUUGAUGUCACUAAAGAUAACUUGCAAGAUUUUGUUGGUAAACCUUUGUUUACUAGUGACAGAAUGUAUGAAACCACACCCCCUGGUGUUGUCAUGGGAUUAGCUUGGACUGCUAUGGGUGGUUCAACGUUGUACAUAGAGACUGCUAUUAAAAGACAUGAAAGUGAUGCAAAAGACGGUUCAAUGGAACUUACAGGACAGCUUGGAGAUGUCAUGAAAGAAAGUGCUCAUAUUGCUUACACCUUUGCCAAAUCUUUCUUAAUGAAAGAUGAUAAUAAAUUCUUCAAUCAAAAUCAUAUACAUGUACAUGUUCCUGAGGGUGCUACUCCAAAAGAUGGCCCAAGUGCAGGAUGUACAAUUAUAACAGCCCUAGUGUCGCUUGCAUUAAAUAAACCAAUCAGACAUAAUACAGCAAUGACUGGAGAGGUUUCAUUAACGGGUAAAAUAUUACCAGUUGGUGGAAUCAAAGAAAAAACCAUAGCAGCUCGUCGUGCUGGUGUUGAUUGUAUAAUUCUUCCUAAAGAGAAUAAAAAAGACUUUGCUGAUCUUCCCGAAUUCAUUACAGAAGGAUUAGAAACCCAUUUUGUUGACCAUUAUAAAGAUGUUUUCAAUAUUGUCUUUACGUAACGGUGAACUGUUUUAUACGCUGGUUUGUGUAUUGUUUAUAGUUUCAAGGAGUAUAUAAAUAUACUAUGUUAACUUUGCAGGAAGCACAUUUCGAAUAAUAAAUGUUUAUGGACGCCAAA